CCGGCCGGGGUCUGUAAGCCCCUUUCCCCGCCCACCUAUCAUCUGGUCGCGCAUGCGCUGAGCUGAAGGGCCGGAGAGUUGUCGGCUGGGAAAUGGCGGCCGCGGGCUUGGUGGCUGUGGCCGCGGCUGCAGAAUACUCUUGCCCAGGAGCGUCGGGAGGUAACCUCUCGGUUGUUAACUGCGGCCCAAACUCCGGCGCAGGCCCUGGUCCUGGCCCGGGCUCGUGGAGCCGCUCCCUCGACCGAGCGCUGGAGGAGGCGGCGGUAACCGGGGUGCUGAGCCUGAGCGGCCGGAAACUGAGGGAGUUUCCCCGGGGAGCGGCCAACCACGACCUGACGGACACCACUCGGGCGGAUCUGUCACGAAAUCGCCUCUCAGAAAUUCCCAUAGAAGCAUGUCACUUCUUUUCUCUUGAGAAUCUCAAUUUAUACCAAAAUUGUAUUCGAUAUGUACCAGAGGCAAUUCUAAACCUACAAGCGCUAACUUUCUUAAAUAUUAGUCGAAACCAACUGUCAACAUUGCCGGUACAUUUGUGUGAUUUACCAUUGAAAGUCUUAAUUGCUAGCAAUAACAAAUUGGUCUCACUUCCAGAAGAAAUUGGACAUCUCAGAUAUUUAACGGAACUUGAUGUGAGCUGCAAUGAAAUUCAAACAAUACCUUCCCAAAUUGGUAAUUUGGAGGCCUUGAGAGACCUUAAUGUAAGAAGAAAUCACUUAGUACGUUUGCCUGAAGAACUAGCAGAGUUGCCUUUGAUACGGUUAGACUUUUCCUGCAACAAAAUUACAACAAUUCCUGUCUGUUAUCGGAAUCUCAGGCACCUGCAGAUGAUCACCCUAGAUAACAAUCCACUACAGUCUCCUCCUGCACAGAUAUGUAUAAAAGGCAAAAUCCACAUAUUUAAAUACCUGAACAUGCAGGCUUGUAAGAUUGCUCCAGAUCUGCCAGAUUAUGAUAGGAGACCCAUGGGUUUUGGCUCCUGCCAUGAAGAACUGUACUCAGGUCGUCCCUAUGGAGCACUUGAUUCAGGUUUUAACAGUGUGGACAGUGGUGAUAAGAGAUGGUCAGGGAAUGAACCUACAGAUGAAUUUUCAGAUCUGCCUCUUCGAGUAGCAGAAAUUACUAAAGAACAAAGACUACGAAGAGAAAGCCAAUACCAGGAGAAUCACAGCAGUUUAGUAGUAACAAAUGGUGGAGUGGAACAUGAUCUGGAUCAGAUUGACUACAUUGACAGCUGUACUGCGGAGGAAGACGAGGACGAGGUGAGACCACACAAGGGCCUGGACUCGGACAGCCUCAGUUCGCAGUUUAUGGCGUAUAUUGAACAACGGCGAAUCUCUCAUGAGGGUUCACCAAUAAAGCCAAUACCCAUGAGGGAAUUUCAAAAAACAGAAGACAUGAGAAGAUAUUCACAUCAAAAUAGGGUUCCAGCUGAGCCAUCUUCUCUCUUAUCACUAUCACCAAGUCACAAUCAGUUUUCACAGACAGACCUGGAACUUCAUCGGAGAAGAGAACAAUUAGUAGAACGUACUCGGAGAGAGGCACAACUUGCUGCCCUCCAGUAUGAGGAAGAGAAAAUAAGGACCAAGCAGAUUCAGAGAGAUGCUGUCCUGGACUUUGUCAAGCAAAAAGCAUCGCAAAGUCCACAAAAACAACACACCCCCUUAGUUGGUGAGUGUCCCUUCCCAUCCAGAAGGUCUCAGCACACUGAUGAUAGUGCCUUGUUAGUGUCGCUGUCAGGUGUGAAUCAAGUGGGUUGUGCUGCUACCCUGCCUCAUUCUUCUGCCUUCAGGCCUCUUCAGAAUGAUGACAGAUCUAAUGCUGUAUCAAAUUCACCUACAACAGAAACAGUUCAUCAUUCCCCUGCAUAUUCUUUUCCUGCUGCUAUCCAGAGAAACCAGCCCCAGCGCCCUGAAAGCUUCCUUUUCCGAGGAGCUGUCAGGACAGAAACAAAUAAAGGUCAUGCUUCACCCCUCCUUUCAUCUUCUGUACCUACCACUGAUUUGAAAGAUCCAGUAACAAGACAGAAUUCAAGACAGAGAGAAGAAGAGCUAGAAUUAAUAGAUCAACUACGGAAACAUAUUGAGUACCGGUUGAAGGUAUCUCUGCCUUGUGAUCUUGGAGCAGCUCUAACCGAUGGUGUCGUUCUUUGCCAUUUAGCCAAUCACGUGCGGCCUCGAUCUGUCCCAAGCAUUCACGUUCCCUCACCUGCUGUACCUAAAUUAACAAUGGCAAAAUGUAGACGAAAUGUGGAGAAUUUCUUAGAAGCUUGCAGAAAAAUCGGUGUACCUCAGGACAAUCUUUGUUCCCCUUCUGACAUCCUUCAGCUAAACCUCAGCGUAAAAAGAACUGUUGAAACACUACUUUCUCUUGGGGCACAUUCAGAAGAAUCCAGUUUUGUCUCUCUAUCUAUCCAGCUUUUGGGUUUUGUGGCAUUUUAUUGUACUUUAAUGUUAACUCUCUGUAUGCUUUAUUACUGGAUCUUCCCCCUCUAGCCAAAAGAGUGCAUUCCAGUGAUUUCCACCUCAUUCCUAUGCUUGGUAAAGGAGGUUUGUUUCUCAUUCAAAAGUAUUUACAUAUGUGCUUUUUUUUCUGGCCAUCAAAGAGCUAAUCAAUAAAGUAGAUGAAUCCUGUCCUCUUGUGCCCAGACAAGCAGUUCCUGACAUUAGGAAGCAUUUUUAAUGCUAACACAGAGUAAAAAGAUCAGCAUUUUUUCUUCUGUUCAUUCAUCCAUUCUCCUGGCCUGAACGGCCUUGUUUCUCUCAUCAUGAAUGUUGAGCAGGUUCUACUAAUACAAUCCUGAGCCCAUUGUUAAAAUAUGACCUAUAAGUUUGUUUCCAAAUGGCAUAGUAAAAUUUCCAUCUGGCAGUUUUUCCAUGCCUCAGCACAACUUAAGUACUGAAACUGUGAGAAAUAUUAAAAUUAUGACUUGCUGAACUUUUCAGCAGCUGUUCAUAAGGAAACAGUUGUACUCUUUCUGUUCUGGGAGGGCACCUGGUCACUCAGAUCUCCAUAUUUAACUGUACCCUGAAAUCCUGAAGUUUCUUUGUAUUAGUAGGCACAGGCCCACCUAAUAAGCAUUUGCUGUCUUGACAUCUGGAAGGCACUGGCCAUUUAAUCUUAAUAAUUUUAAUUUGAUUAGGAUUAUCAGUCCAAACAUAACAUUGGUUCCCUAGAUUGCUAUUCUGAGCCCAUUGUGUACACUGAAAACAGUACACAAGGCAGUUAUCUGGAGCUGCCCUUUCAGGGGUUGGCACCUGUCAGCACAUUUAUUAUGUUUUGUUAAACUUCAUUUCUGGAAUCCUAUUUAGAAUUUAAAAUUGGAAUUUAUGUGUUUUCCAAUGUAUUUGAACCGUGUUAAUAGGUGAACUUGUAUUUGAUAGGCUGUUGAGAUUAUAUCUGAACACUAGCAGGUAAAGUAUUAGGCAGCAAACUCUGUUUUGUACCCAAGGCAAUGAAUAUUGUCUCUUUCAGAAUGUUUAGUAUAUUAGCCUCUAGCCUUAAUGCUUGAAACUACUUUAUAUUGCAUUCAGAUUCUGGUUCUCAUAAACAGUGUUUCUGAACAUUCAGGAAUCUCCUGAACUCUGUUAACAAAAUUGGACAACUGAACUCAGGUAUGAAGGGAGAUUGUGAGGAACAUAAUAACAUCAUGUGGAAGUCAGUCUGAGGAUCUGAUUGCUUUGGUUUCUUUCAUAUUAAAUGGGAAAAGUGUUUAAUACAUUAAAAACUGUUUACUGUCAAUGCUGAAACAUUGAACACUGGGUUGAAAAGUUCAGUUUUAUACAGUAGUAGUGCCUUUCAGAGUUUGGGGGAGAUGUUGUUUUUAAGGUGUCUCUGAGUCAGAGAUCAGUUUUGUCAAGUUUUGUCCCUUUAAAAAACCACUGAUAACACACAUGGUGUGGUGUGUUGUUUGGGGGGAGUAAUGGUGCAUAAGUCAGCUAGAAGGCAAAUGUGCAUCUGGAAAGCAUAAGCCACUGAGGGAAUGUCUAAACCACAGGCUCAUAGGUCGCAGGGCACUCCUUAAAGUGGAGAUCAAGAAAUCUGCCUCAGGAAAUAUGAAAGUGAAAAGUGAAAGUGAAGUCGCUCAGUCGUGUCCGACUCUUUGCGACCGCAUGGACUGUAGCCUACCAGGCUCCUUCGUCCAUGGGAUGCUCCAGGCAAGAAUACUGGAGUGAGUUGCCACUUCCUUCUCCAGGAGAUCUUCACAACCCAGGGAUCGAACCCGGGUCUCCUGCAUUGCAGGCAGACACUUUACCAUCUGAGCUACCAGGGAAACUAUGUCUCCCCCAAAAGCAGAACACUCUGCAGGUUCAUAUUAAGUAUAGUUAAUCUGUACUUGCAAUUGUACUUAAAAGAUUUACACAACAUUGCUAGUUAUAUAAGAUCAAAAGAUUCCAUUUAUCUUGUUUUAUCAAGGUAAGUAUUAAAUAAAAAGAAAGUAAAGCAAGAAUACCAAUAACUGCUCAUAAUACGUACUUGUUAUGUUUUUUAUUGCAACUGGUUUUGUAAAACUUCCUGUAUUAAGUGCCAGUGAAAAGCUGAGGAAAAUCUUCUUUAAUAAAUAUGUAUAGUCACUUCUUCAGUAGAGCCAGAAUUCCACUUUCAUUCCUUUGAGAGUAAUCAUUCUUUCAUCUAAUCAGUGAUAGAUGUUAUUAUGAUAUGCCUUUUUUUCUUAUACGAAAGGAUUAACCAAACACAUUAAUGAGGUAAAUAAGAAGCGAUUUAACUUCCUUAAACAAAUACGUAAACACUUUUCAGAUAUAUGUUAAUUAAGAUGUUCUUGACUAAACUCACAUCAUUGUUCUCCAGCAUAAUUUAAUCCAUUAAAUACCAGGAUAUGAAACACUUUUUCAGAUAUGAUUACUGUAUUUAAAUUCUAUAAUUCAGAUUUUUAAGUAAUUCAAACUGGACCUUCCAUAAAUUACCCAGUGUGGUGGGGGUGGGGGGGAAUUUUCUCAAAUACAUCUAAAAUUCAAGAAUAUACUUCAGUUUCUUCAUGUGAUGCCUGUCUGUAUGAGAACCCUGAUUCUCAUAGUCAGGACUGUAAUGUAGAUAGUGGCCAUUCCUGUCUCAUGCAGUCUUGAGUUAUGCCAUGAAACUAUUUUGCAUUCCUGUGAUUUGUAAUUUCCAAAGCACUUUCUCUUACAAUAUUGUAUCGUUGGGCUUAAGCCAUCUGGUAACUUGGAACUGUUUUUGUUUUCACCUGUCUCAUUUUACUGAUCUGAUCUGCAUUGCUUUUUUAAUCAUCAGGAAUGAAGGAUGUUGCUUUUACUCCAUCAUAGUAUGUUUAUCUUCUGUUGUAUGUAUAAGUGUAUGUGACUUAUUUUCCAGUAUUCAAAAUAAUCUGUAUGUACUUUUAGUUGUAUUAAUAAUAAUAAUAAUAAUUUAAAAAGUGACAGUGAG